AAGUUGACUUCUAUAGCAGGGGCCAAAAAAUGAGAACCAAACUCAAUAAGAUACCUCUGCAAGUGCAAACCAUAUGUAGAGGGUCAGGGAGGUUUCAAUGCAUUGCUAGGAGAGCAACCCAUGCCAAUGCAAGAAAUCUUGAUCAGGGUCUGGAUUUGGCACUGUGCUAGAUGAAAAGAUGAAUAAUGAGCUUCCAAAAUGGAACUACGUUCAGGGUGCUUCCAUCUACAAAGUUCCAGACCGUUUACGAUCAGUCGAACCCAAAGCUUAUCAGCCCAAUAUUGUCUCAAUCGGUCCUUACCAUCAUGGAGUGCCUCAUUUACAAGCCAUGGAGAACACAAAAAGUAGCUACUUUCAUGGCUUCUUCAAUACAAGCAAGCCCGAUCAACCUAACAAGAAUGCAAUUCUCAAGGAACUGAAGCAGAUGGAACAACAGGUGCGUAGUUGCUACUCUGAUGAUGUGGAGUUUAAUAGUGAGCAGUUCCUAAACAUGAUGUUUGUCGAUAGCUGUUUUAUCAUACAGCUUCUAAGAGAAACCAGGGAGAUUGAUUUCAGUAAGAAGUCAGUGCCCAUACAGAGAUGGAUGUUACCCGUUCUCCAGCGUGAUCUCAUCAUGCUUGAAAAUCAGCUCCCUAUGUUUGUUUUAAACAAAGUGUACGACUUAACAAGCAGCUCUACUACUUGUGAAGCCACAGAAAACUUGGGUUUGAAAGAGCUUGCGCUUCAAUACUUCGAACCCAUGAUAUAUAAAGAUUUAGAUACCCCAAAGAACGGUGCUUUGGCGGUGGAAGGAGAAGGCAGAAGCCACCUUCUAGAACUCUUUCGGGCCAGCAUCUGCCCGACUGAAGUGUCUCAAAAUAAGUUUCUCGUUAAGGAGCAGCACAUGUUUCGUUCAGUAUCUGAAUUGAAAGAGUCUGGUGUCAAAGUCAAGAAGGCAGAAAACUGUCAACCGUUAGAUGUAAGCUUUAAAAGGGGGAUUCUGAAGAUUGCUCCAGUGAACAUGGAUGACUACAGAUUUACAUUGUUUAGAAACAUGGUGGCCUUUGAGCAAUGCCACUUUGGCUGCAAACCACAUGUAACGGCUUAUGUUUUCUUUCUUGAUAGGCUCAUAAACUCUGGUGAGGACAUAGGAUUGCUUCAUUAUUCAGGUGUUUUGCAGCAUACUCUAGGUGGAAACAAAAACGCAGCAAAACUGGUCAACAACCUUUGUAAAGAGGUAGCUGGGGCUGCCGAUGACUCGUAUUUACGCGAUGUUCUUUGGAAGAUCAAUUGCUACUGCAAUGAUGGGUGGCAUCAAAAGAGAGCGAAACUGAAGCAUGAAUAUUUUUACAACGUUUGGGUAUCAGUAGCGACCAUUGCUGCAAUUCGAGUAAUUUACCUUACCAUACUUCAAACAGUUUGGGAGCUCGGAGAUGAUGGUAACCGAACUCACAUGCUCCGAACUGGCUUCUGGCGUUCGAUGGCAGAUGCUUUUGCUAUACCAUUUGGAGUUUCAAAGCCAUCUGAGGAUACACCGUUGCCUGUCAAAAAUGAAGCUCAGAUCUUGGAUUGGUUCUUCAGUUAUAAAGCAUGUGAUGACCGGAAUUUCUUCUUCAUGUGUUGUUAGUGACUAUGUUUUACUUAAUAUGCAGGAAGAUCAUUUCACAUUUGUUUUCAACUUGUUUUUUCCACAAGUGUCCUGCUAUUGCUAGCAAAAUCAUACAUCGUAUUUUACUAUUUCUUGUGUUAUCUCUGGUGGAUGGCCUCCUACAUGAGGUACACCAGUCUAAAUGUAAUGCAAGUUCUACAUGAUUUCCAACUG